AUGUCGAAGCAAGAGAUGCAGACGGAUGGUUCAGAAAAACCAUACAGCAUCGACCACUACCCCAUAUUCUCCUACGCUGCCAAGCCCGCCGUCUACUUCCCUGUCCACUACUUCGAGAAGGGCGUGUAUACUGACAAGGAGCAGUAUCUGAAUCUUGAUCUGUACGAGGCGACGCUCAACGGACUGAAUUUGUCGGACGCGCAUCGGGCCUGCGUGGCGGAGAAGAAGAACGCGGUGACUGCUGUUGUCAUUGUCUCCGAAGACGUAGGCGCAUGGGCGCUCGAGCGCCACAAAGGUAAGCGGCGCAGCCUCUGGGCCCAUUUGAACCAUCGCUACGAGGCGAAUUCGCUGCAGCGCAAGUCCUUGAACGAGCGUCCUAACGGUGGUGUCGAAGCAUGGGGCAAGCCCACCACCACACCCUCCCACGAACACAUCCCCCGUGAAGUCCGCCGCGAGCAGCGCCUAGCGAAAUGCAACCGCAUGCGCACGCACCGGCCCAUCGACCUGGAGCUCGAGGCAAAGUUUGCCCACCUACGCACUGACGCGCCGAAGCUGAAGUCGCUGCAGCAGAACGAAGCGUGGGCGCACGAGCAGCUGAAACUCAGCAACGAGGCGCGCAUACGCGACAAAGCGCUGGGGUUCAAGUACCGUCUGCGCAUGUCGUUGAAUGCCGAAGUGCCAGAGAGCGCCGGGAUGGUAGAUGAGCGGAAAUCAUGUUUUGCUCGCCGUGAUGGGGAGCGGAAGUGGAAGGUGGUGCGGUUUGAUGAUGUUCAUAUGGCGAAGAAGGUGCGGUGGGCGGAUGUGGAGCAUCUGCAGGAGCUGGAAGAGGAGUUGGGGCAGCCAGAGUACGGUGAUACGUCUUCAUAG